AUGUUGAGGAUUGACAAGUCGCCGCGUCUACAUGCAAUGCAACAAAUGCAUGUAUUAUGUGUAGCUCGUGUUCUGACAUAUCAAAUCCACGAAACCUUAAUCUUCGAAUCAGGUCUCAGCUUCUCUGUCAUUCGCCCAACAGAUCAACAAAGUUUCAUGUCUGAACUUGAUUCCCAGGUCCCUACUGCCUUUGAUCCGUUUGCUGAUGCGAAUGCUGAGGACGCAGGUGCGGGAACAAAGGAGUACGUCCACAUCCGUGUUCAGCAGCGGAAUGGUAGGAAAAGCUUGACAACGGUACAGGGUCUCAAGAAGGAGUACAGCUACAGCAAGAUACUUAAGGACCUCAAGAAGGAAUUCUGCUGCAACGGAACUGUCGUCCAAGACUCUGAACUCGGACAGGUUAUUCAGCUUCAAGGUGACCAGAGGAAGAACGUGUCCACGUUCCUAGUCCAGGCUGGUCUCGUGAAGAAAGAUAACAUCAAGAUCCAUGGUUUCUGA